AUGCUCGGCACACAAGAAAAUAGGAUAUUAAUUAAAGUACUUCAAGCAAAUAUACACAGAAGUAAAGUAGCUGACGCUCUCCUAGCGCAAAUAGUUAUAGAACGGAGAAUCGAUCUAGUGCUUAUAAGCGAGCAGUACAGAAAAAAGGAAAGCGGAACCUGGAUAGAUGACAACACAACAACUGCUGCAAUCUGGGUACCAAGAGGCAGUAAAACACAAGUCACUAAUAGCGGUAAAGGAAACGGUUAUGUUUACGCAAAAUGUAACGGAGUGACGGUAAUGAGCUGCUAUUUAACACCCAGCGAUGAUAUGCAAACAUUUCUAAAUAAGUUAGAAGCAAUUGAGGAUAAAAUUCUACAGCUCGACGGUUCUUUCAUUGUAGGUGGCGACUUUAAUUUCAGGGCAAUAGAAUGGGGAAUGGGAACUACAAACUCAAGGGGAAGACGAGUUUUAGAAAUGGCUGCCAGGCUAGAUCUUAUAGUCGCAAAUACGGGUACGACCCCAACUUUCAGAAGAGAAGGAUGUCAAGGCACUAUACCAGAUAUCACACUUACAUCGGAAAGAAUAGCUAGUAAGCUUAACCAAUGGAGAGUCUUAGAAGACUACACUGGAAGUGACCACCAAUAUCUGUCGUACUGUAUACAGACCGAGACAAUUUCGGGUAAUGAUCGAAGCACAAGAGGAACCCACAAAUGGAAGGUGGCGAAACUAAAAACAAGAAGCCUAUUAGAAGCAAUUGAUGCCGCACUCCCUACGCAUAUAGCAAAUGCGGAAGAAGGGGUGAGACAUACAAUGACAAGAAUUACACAGGCAUGUGCGAUAGCAAUGCCAAAAAUUACUCAAAAGAAAGGUAAAAAGGGCGCUUACUGGUGGACAGAAGAAAUAAGUCAACUGCGAAAAGCAUGUCUACUCACACGAAGACGCUACACGAGAGCUAGACGAAAUGGAACCAGUGAGGCAGAAGGUAGAGAAUAUAUCCAAGCCAAAAAAAACCUAAAAAAAGCGAUUAACACAAGUAAACGAAGAAAAUGGAAGGAACUUCGAAAUGACAUAAAUCAUGAUCCAUGGGGCCUUGGAUACAUGAAGAAAUGA